AUGAACACCAUUUCAUCGCGACAGAGUUUUCAGCUCCGCCCCUUAGGAUGGGAGCAUGAUCCUGCAGAAGAAAGAUUCAAACUAUCUACCAUUGACCACACGCUCAAUUGUGCCUAUACUCAUUACGCUAUCUUUUUUCGUUUAGAAGAUGCGAGGAAGACCGAUGCUGUCGACGUUCUCAGAGCCGGGCUCGAAAGAACACUCAGCCAGGCAAGGCACAUGUGCGGCACUAUCGAGCCUGAUCCUGAGGGCGGGCUUUCUUUUGUCAAGAGAAGAGAUUCAACCGUGCAAUUCGUUGUUCAUUGGUUAGAUCCCCUUGGUCAGCAUCCAUCCUUGGACGACAUUGAGAAGGCUCACUUUUCUGGCCGCGAUGGGUUGCGCGAUAUCAACUUAUGGAGUAUACCUGAAUUGACUUGGGGCGAAAGACCAGAGGCCGAGCCAGACCGCAGCCCAGUGGUAUCAGCAUACCAAAUCACUCUGACCAAAGGCGGCCUGGUCUUGAGCAUGCAUCAUCAUCACUAUUCUUGCGAUGUCAUGGGCUGGAAUGCCUUCACGCGCCAGCUUUCUGCAAAUUGCUAUGCCAUCGCGAAUUCUUCUAGUUUUCCACUAUGGGACCCUGCAUGCCUUGAUGUCUCGCGCUUCACCAAAGAUGUACCAAAGGAUAGCCUCGUGGAGGGACCUCCUGUUGCGCAGAAACACGCCGGCCACCUGGAGCAGCAAUCUGUACUGUUCCAUUUGCCUAAGAGCAAGGCCGCCGCGCUGAAGGAGCUGGCGAAACCGGCAGGCUCCAUGUCUCCUUGGAUAUCCACUUAUGACGCCGUCUGUGCAUACAUCUGGCGGAUGCUGUCCAGCAUCCGGGCUCCUCGUUACAAGACUGAUCCCUCGACGAUCCUUUGGGUGGGUGAGGCUGUUAACAUGCGGCCUCAUCUAAGUGAUCCUCUCCCGGAGCGCACUGUCCGCAAUGUUGUUGCCGGCGCAUUUUCGGACAUGGCCCCUAUUCCACCCCUCACAGCUGGAGAGGUCAUCUCAGACGCACCGCUCUCGACGCUAGCAGUCUAUAUCCGGAGGCUGACGGAAAGCUGUAACGAAGCGCGUUUUCUUAGCCUCAUUAAUGCGAUAGCCCCCAUCAGAAACAAACGAGCACUAGCCCACAGUCCAGACACACGUCCACCCAUGAGUAUGUUUGUUAGCGAUCACCGCUCGGCUGACGUAAGUAACUUUGACUUUGGUUUCGCAAAACCCAUUACAUACCGCCAUCUAUGGGGAGAUGCGAAGUCAGCAGGGGUGGUUGUAAUAUAUGCUCCGGUGUCGUCGAGCGCAAACCCGGACGAGGGUUGGAUGUUUACAUUGACAAUGGAGAAGGAGCUUGUACCCAAGCUGAUUGAGACUCCAGAGUGGGCUAAAUACUUUGAAUACCGGGGAAUUGAUUAGCUAGCCAUGUAUUUUAGAUCAAGGCUUUUUCUAAAGAUCCUGUAAUGCCUUUAGUUGUUAGGCAGUCUGGCCAUUUGCUAGUUAUUCUAAAGAUGUCCAUGACUUUAUUUCUGG